AUGUUCAGCGGCAACAAAAAAUAAAACCAAUAAGAGGAAUCACUUUGGGAGACAAUUGAAUAAAAGCUAAAGCUGUGGCUUCACUCUUUAAUUCAUGAAGUUUUACAAAGUCAAGUUGGAAGUCCUCUGAUAUAUAAUCUUUUGAUAUUAAUUGAAACUUUGUAACUUAACUAUUAUGCAAUUCACCCUCUGCUAAAUAAAUACAUAUGGAACACUAAUUUCCUGAGCUACUAUCAGCAACUAAUCUAAUAUUUUCAAUUUAAUUAUCUUUUGAAGGGUUCUUAAGCUACAACAUUUCUUGCAAUUUUGUAUAUUUGCUUCUCAAUUAAUAUCAUUGUAAUCAUCUUGAUGAUCAUCGCAACUAAUAAAAUUGUAACAAACUAAAAAAAGAACUCAACAUUCUUGAGUUACGGAAUUAAAAUCUUAGCUACCUAUGGUCUUUUGGUAACUACAAUAAUUCCUCUCCCUUUUUUUAACUCCUUUCUAGCAACACUGAUAUGUAGUGUAGAUUCGCCUUACACGUAAAAUAUGAAUUGCUAUUCAGGCUUAUACUUUCUUCAUCUUACAAUCGCUAUUAUAGGAAUGUUAAUAUUCAUAUUUCUUUGCUUAGUUUUCACUUUUAUGUUUAUUGACAUGAAUCCUUCUUCAGUGAUUCCAUUCGCUUCUCCUUAAACUCUAAUGCCUUUAAUAAAACUUGGAAUGAAAGUUUUGCUUCCUUUCUAUGUGACUAUAGACUAUGGUGGAAAGUUUAUUUAGUAAUUUAUUGUAGUCCUCAAUGUAUUGUUUUUGUUUAUGCUAUUUAUGAGAUAUAAAACUGCUCCUUACUAUAAUAAGAAAAUACAAUCUUUUGUUAUAUUUUGCGAAUCUCUCAUUUUUUGGGUGGCAUUCUGUGCUUUAGUGACUACCUUUUUAGACUAGGGAACUAUCGAUAAUAUUGGUCUACUUUAUGUUUUGAUUUGUUUUCCCAUGUUUUGGAAUGUUUAUAGGAACAUAGUUCAUCACAGAAAGUCCUACUUCAUAUAGUUAUCAAUCAAAGACUUUAAAAAAGAUGAUGAUGUAGAAGUUUAUGUCAACGUUUUGAUUGAUUUGAUCGAAAGCAGAGAACAUGCUGAAAGUCGUAUUAAGCUUGAAGGUAUCCUUAAAUACCACAGUAAAACGUGCCCUAAGGAUACUUGCUAUUGCAGAUAACUGCUACACGAUGAAACAAAGGACGAAGAAUCCUAGCUUUUAUCUAAAAAAUGGUAUAUGUUUGUGAGAUCUAUCCUUGAAGACUCACUCGAAAAGUUUGUUAAAUCUUCAAGACUUCACUUACUCCAUGCUUUCAUUUAGCACGAAAAACUCAAAAAUAAAUUUAAAGCCUUAUUUGAACUCAUGAUUGCAAGAGAGCAUAAGCCAAACAUUCAAGAAGAGUUCUCGAUAUUCAGAUUUGCAAAUUUAAUUGAAGAUGAAAUUAAGGACAGCGAUGAAAAAACUGGAGACACUAGGAAUGUUGAUGUGAAUAAAAUCGUGCUUUUUUAGAAGAGAUUUAUUGAAUUCUAAGAAAUAAUUGACAAAAGUGUCUAACUCCAUCUAGAUUUUUGGAAAGAACUAUUAGAAGAGAAUCCUGAAAUUCAAAAAAUAGAAAAUAUGGGAUCUAAAAUAACGUCCACUGUUGAAUAAGUAAAAGACCAAUUUUAAAGAUUGAGAGACAUUUACAGCAAUCACAUUAAAUGCCUAGAAAUAUAUGGUUACUUUUUAAAAGAUAUUGUAAACGAUGAUAUUGAAGGAGAAAAAAUAUUGGAUAAUGUGAAAUAUGCUAAAAAUUCUUAAAGUGUUAAUAAACAAUUUGUUGAUUAAGACAGACUUAAAUACGGAGAAAACUCAAAUACUGCAAUUCUCACUGUUUCAGGAAAUUAUGGAUAAAUAGGUACCGUCACAAAUCUCAACAAUGAGCUUACAAGAAUUUUAGGAUGGAGUAAGGCUGAUGUUAUAGAAUAAAAUAUUUCAAGAAUAAUGCCAAAAGUAUAUGCUGAUUUGCAUGAUAAAUUCAUGGAACAUUAUCUUGAAACAUCUGAAGGUAAAGUUAUUGGAAUAGAAAGAACAGUAAUGUGCUUAAACAAAGAUUCAUUUUUAGUUCCAUGUACUUUGAUGAUAAAAGUACUACCAAAUUUAUCAGAAGGUAUACAGAUAGUAGGGUUUCUUAAAGAUAUUGAAGCAGCUAAUUCAAUUUUAAAAACUAGUAACAAUGAAUAGGAUGAGAAAGUUCAUUAUAUGAUUUAUAGGACUGAUAAUGACUCUUAUGUUAUGUAAGGUAUUACUUAGUCUUGCUAUAAUUCUCUAGGAAUACCUUCUUCACUUAUGUACGGAAAUAGUACAAAUAAUAUCGAAUUUACAGUCGACACUAUUUGUCCAGAUUUAUUGAAUCCUGAAUUCUAUGAGGACCUUAAAAGUCCAGCAGGAUUGAUUGUAACUAUUGACACUACGACUGUUUAAUAAAACUUUUUGUUAGACGAAGAAGACUCUGAAGAUGAAGAAUAUCAAGAUGCAACCUCAGGUAUAGGUUAAACAGUUGGGUUAAUGGAUGAAGGCUAAGAAACAAAGGCCAAAAAAACAAAAUUUAAAAGGACAAGGGUUAGAAUGAACCUUAUUGAAGAGUAAACAUUUGAAGAUAGAAAAGUCAAUGUAGUUAAAUUUGUUGAAGUAGAUGAAACUGAUGAAGGAAGAAGUAAAAUUAAUCAAGAAGGGUAUUAAGGCUCAGCAAUAGAGCAGUAAUAAAUGAAGGAAAUUGAAAAAACUUAAAUGAUGAAAUAAUAAUGGACUUAAUAAUAGUAAAUUUAGCAAUAACAUAACGAUAGAGAUGAGGAAUUUAAUGCUUCAGAUAGAGACUCUAACAUAUCAAGUUCUUCUGUUAACGAAGAAGUUAGAUAAUUGAAAGAUUUUAAAUCACUUAUCUCAGAAAAAACAGUACCAAAAAGUAUUAGUAUUCUUAAGAAAACAGUUAUUAGUUUAAUUAUUGUCAUCUUAGUUCUUAGUGGAGUCGAGCUUUCUUUUAAGCUGAGCUAAGGAAAUGAAAUAUCAACUGGUUUUAAUUCUAUUUUUACUUCUUACUAAAGAACAGAUAUCAUGGCUGAUGUUAAUUUCUAUUCUAGAAGAGUUUAUAAUCUUGCAAAUUAAAUUAGAUUACCUGUAUCACCUACUACAUAAAAUUAGGCCUUUGUAAAUGACUAGAGCACUCUAUCAACAAAUGUUAAUCUGCUAUAAACAAACUAAUUCUAAAAUAUGAAGAAUGUGAUUAAUUUAGAUUCUUCGACAUACAAUAAACUAACUACCGCCCUUUAUGAUGUAAAGUUCUAGCAAUAACAACUAAAUGAUAUUAAAACCUACCAAAACUUACUGACUGAUGCUAUGAUUCAGUAUAUCACAUCCUCCUCUUCCUUGGCUAAUUCCACUCUAAGCUCUUUCCUUCCGAGUGCUUCCAGUUAAGGUUAUGUCGAUUCUACUAUUAAAAAUUUCUUCUAUGUCAUUUAAAAUGGUUUGUUUGUUUUGAGAAAGGGAACUGAAUUUGAAUCAUAAGAAAUAUUUACAUAUUAUUACAAUGAAAAUGAUAAUUUUGAAAACUCAUUCAAAAUAAUUAUGAUCCUUGGCAUAGUUUUUCUUCUGCUGUCUUUAGUAAUAUUGAUUCCUUAUGUGUUUAAAGUUCAUAAGACUAACACUCGUGUGCUUUCUCUGUUUGGUAUGAUUCCAAUUGCAGAAAUAAAAGAGUUAGUCAGUAGAUGUGAGGCUUACUCUGCUCAAUUUAUUGAUGAAAAGAAGAUGCUUCAAGGUGAAUAAAACUACCAAGAAGAAGAAGUUGAUCAAAGUAAAUAAAAUGACAGUCCAAAAGGCAAUCAAAACGAUUUAGAAAUAGAUGGUGAAGCUAACGAGAAUGAUGAAGUGAAAGAUAGCAAAGAUAUAGAUUAUGAGGAUAAUAAAUAGAAAAAUAAUAGUGAUAUUAGAUCCAAUCCUCAGAACUAGCUUUAAGUACCUUUAGCUGGAGGAAGUGAUUUGAGAAAUUCUAAAAUAAAUAAUAAUUUAAAGACAAACCCUUAGACAGCAUAAAACUCAAAUCUUAAAGGUGCAGCAGCGAAUAAAAACGAUGCAAAUAAAAAAGGAAAAAGUCAAGAAGAAGAAGAUGCAGAUAAUCAAAGAAGCUAGAAGUUGAUGAAUUCAAAAGAUAACAAUAGAAAGAAAGUCAUCUUCUAAUUUUUAAUAUUUUCAUUGCUAUUUAUAACUUAUUUCGUUGUCAGCUUUGUUUUAGAAUUGACAUUCUUGCAAAACAUGAGACAAGUACUCCAUCACUUAAGCUAAGUAUCUCAAAGAAAUUCAAUCAUAAAGUAUGCGCUUGUUUAUAUGGUAGAGCAAAUAACUACAGACUAAAUUUAGUUGUAGGAUGGAGAAGAUAACUUAACUGUUUUUAUUAAUAGGUCAUACACAAUAGAAAAUGAAAUUAAUACUAGCAGUUUAUAAUCUUAUCCAUCAGAAUUUUCUUCUUACUUUAGCACCUUUUAAACUGCUAAUUAUAACAACUUCUGCACUAUUUUCCCCUAAACUCCUACUUUAACAACAACUGAUUGUGCAAAUGUCAACUCUAAAAUGCUUCAAAGAGGUCUGAAAGUCUCAAUAACAUCAUACAUUGAAGGAAUAAGAACAUUUAUAACUAACUACGAAAAUGCAGCAGACAAAUCAUUAAGCUUUAAGCAAAAAGAGUUUGCUUUGAAUGAUUAUGUUGUACUAGAACAAAUGCAAUUCUAUAUGGCACCAAUGAUAGAAUUUUUAAAUUAAUAACUGUUGUCAGCAAUACAAACAUAUAUCAAUAACUAAAACAGCAUUGAAGAGAUAAAGUUUGGUGUGUUUGUUGCUUUUGUCAUUAUUGUAUUCCUAGGAGUGUGGUUACCUUAUUUACAAUAACUCAGCCACAAGAUAUGGAGAACCAAAGGUAUGCUCAAUAUGAUACCUAUGGACAUAAUAACAAAAGAUCAAAACCUUAAGCAAGCUUUCUAAUCAGGAGACAUACUCUAAGCUGUAAAAUGA